AUAAGAAUUAUAGGACAUUGUCUGUACCUUGCUCGCUGUUUUUUUUUUUUUUUAAUCGACCUUACUGACCAAUAAUCGAAUAUUUCCACAACGCAAGUGACUGUCUGUGGCUAUGAUGGACAAUCUGUUCCACGCCCAGUUUGCCAAAGGAUAGCGGCAGGCAAUUCGCUGCGCCUUGCGCCCAUCAAAAUCCAGCAACAGAGAGAAGAAGUAGGCGGCAACCAGCGGUACUUUGUUCCUUUGGCGAGACAAUUGAUAACGGUUUUUUUUAGAGGCGACAAUAUGAGGGCGAAAGGUUUUCUGCAGUCUGUGUGUGCUGCGACGGUGAUGCUGUUGCUAUGCGAGACGCUGUGUUCCAGGCCCGUGUCUGCUAACCAAGAAUCUGGGACGGUCAUUCCAGCCGAGAGCCGACCCUGUGUUGAUUGCCAUGCAUUUGAGUUCAUGCAGAGGGCCCUGCAAGACCUGAAAAAGACUGCCUUUAACCUUGACUCACGGACCGAGAGCCUGGUGCUGAGGGCAGAGAAGAGGGCCCUGUGUGACUGCAUGCCAGCCAACGCUCUCAGCUGAGUGGCCGGUCUCACCUGAACACCGCUGCACCUGAGCACCUGAGUACCAGUAAUAAUAUUACCCCCCCCCCCCGCCAAGUAGAGCCAUGCACCCCAAACCUCACAGGUGUUGUUAAUUACCAUUAUAUCGUCUGCUUCUGACCCACCUAAUUAGCAUCAGUAAAGCUUGAGGACUGAGAACGAAUCUGGCACACAAUCCACCUCUUGCUCUCUCAAGAACCCCAUUAAUCCCGCUCUUCUGGAACAGUCAGCUCUCACUGCAUGACAAAUACCAGUGGUAGAGGAACUGUAAGAGUAGUCGUUGCAGAUUAGAGCAGUGUUUCCCUCCAGGAGUAGCCUUACUAGAGAAGCAAUCCAAUGACCCCACAGACCCCAGAGAACCCCUGUGCUUAAACUCUCAGUGCCCUUUGAUAGAAGAGUUAGUCAUACAAAAGACUUAGUGAGCAUGUGUAUCUAUAUGGAGUCAAAAGUAGCCUGCAUAUUGUUUUUUAAACAUGUUCUUUGAAUGUUGUUUAACAUAAUAUUACACAAGAGGCAUAUUAUUUGCACAGUAGAUUAGUUAUAUGUACAGUGGAAAGAUUUCUGUUUGAAUGUGAAAACCCUCAACAAUAUGUAGCUACGUAAAAAAUCUCCAUGGGAAUAAAAAAAAAAUUAUGGUACUGUUACACCUUUGAAGUAUAGACUGAAAAACACAUUUUAAUAUUUACCCUCUAGCAUUUCAUAUUCAAGAUGUCUUUGUCCUGUGAGGUGCAAGGUCUUUUUGAAGUGAAAUAGAAUUUUGUAUAGCUGGUUAUUUUGCACAGAAAUACAAUUCACAAAAUGGAGAAACCGUUACAAAACAUUUUAUAGUUUAGUUCACUGCAGCAAAAUGAACAAAACAUGUCAGUCAAACGCAAACUCUGACCUGUGAAGUGCAUUAUAAAAGGUCUCAGUAGGAGAAGUAGCUUUUAUUUGGGCAGUCUUUUGCUUUGCAUGCACCGAAAGCUCAAGGGAUUUCUUAAAGGACUGGCUACUGAUAGAAGGAACACCGACUGUAAUUGGUAGGUCAGCGGAGCUUGGUAAAAAUACAUAGCUUUCAGAAAAAAGUUCUCUGAACAGUCCAUGUUUGUGGCUUUGAUAUUGUGUUUUUGCUUUAAAACUUUUUAUUUUCUACUCUGCGUUAAUGUUUGUCAAAGAGUCAGUGUUCUCUGUAAAUUCAGUAUUAAAACAGAUCCAUCACUAUUUCAAUCU